GCAUGUUGCUAUUUAUAAAUUAUUAUAAACUAAUCUUCUCUCACGUCUCAUCUCUCUCUCUCUAUGGUGUUGUUCUUCAUGUGAACUUUGAUCCCUAAAGUUUCCACAUUUGGAAACUUUGAAAGAAUCCAUCUGUAAUUUCGUUUGUCCAUGAUCUUCAGCUUUUGUUCUUUUCUUCUUCUUUUUUUACUGUGAAAACCCAGGUUUGCACAUUUGUCAAAAAUUAUCAGAUUCCUCAUAUUUUACUUGAGUUUUCUUCUUGAUAGGCUUCAAUGGGAGAUAACCUUCCGGCUCCAAUGGAGGGUAUCCAUGAAACAGGACCACCACCUUUCCUGACAAAGACUUACAACAUAGUCGAAGAUUCGAGCACGGACCAGAUCGUGUCAUGGAGCAGAGGCAACAACAGCUUCAUCGUCUGGGAUCCCGAGACUUUUGCCUUAACUCUUCUUCCCCGAUACUUCAAGCACAGCAAUUUCUCUAGCUUUGUUCGACAACUCAAUACCUAUGGAUUUAGGAAGGUUGAUCCAGACAGAUGGGAGUUUGCAAAUGAAGGGUUUCUAAGAGGACAAAGGCACCUCCUCAAAAACAUCAGGAGAAGAAAGGCAUCGUCUCAACCUCACACCCAAUUCCAAUCUCUGGAUUCGAACAACAAUAUCGAAGUCGGAAGAUUCGGUCUCGACGGAGAAAUCGAUCGUCUGAGGAGAGACAAAAGGGUUCUGUUCGUGGAACUGGUGAAACUGAGACAACAGCAACAGAACAUCAAAACCAGUGUUGAGUUGAUGGAAGAGAAGCUUAAAAAGACAGAGAUGAAACAACAGAGGAUGAUAAACUUCCUGGCGAGAGCGAUGAAGAGCCCUGGUUUCCUACAAAACCUUAUGAUUCGCGAGGGAGAGAUCGACAAGAAGAGAAGACGGCGUAUAGAUCAAGGGCAAGGGAAAGAUCUGAACAAUGUAGCCGAUGAAGAAGGCGAUGCCAUAGCCACGUUCGUUAAGGUUGAGCCUGAGGAGUAUGGCGACAUUGCCGAGUUUGGAUUGUGCAGCCAGUUCGAGGGAGAUGCAAUGAUGGAAGAUCAAAGGCAGGAACUUGGAAUGGAGAUGGAUCAUAUAGAUGGGCUUUGGGACGAUUUGUUGUUGAGUGAUGAGAUCCAGAAAGAAGAGGUGUACAGUUUGGUUUAGGAUAAUUUUCUGAUAUUCAAAAUCAUGUUUGCCGGUUAUAAGAAAACAAAGAAGAAAUUCAAAUAGAAUAACAAACCGGUCCAAUGAUAAACCAAAUCGAUUAAACCGGAUUUAACAAUAGUUAACCGGCCACAUAGAUUCUCGUAAGAGUCUAUAAAUUUACUGUUUCAGUUUUUUUUGUGUGUUUUUAUUCAUUUUGCAUCAUGAGAAGAAUGGAUGAAUAAAUUUGGGCCGAACUAAAAGCCCAAAUAUACAUUAAGUUUGAUAUUGGGCCUGGGUUUGGGCUUAUGAACAUACAAUUAAUGAGCUGAAGUCACCGACGGGAU